GAGGCUGGCUUAUUUCACAAGUCACCAGUUUGUGUAAAAAGGCUUUUUUUUUUCCUUCUCCUUCCAGAGCUCAAAGUGAUUCUUCUUUCUUCGUGUGCAUCCCAACCUUCUCCGGCUACCCUAAAGUCACCGUUGCCUGAACGCAGGUAGGAAACGAAGUUGCUACCGUGAAGUAUUCAACGAUUAUUUGGCAACCAUAGUAAUUUAGCUGCCUGCCAGUAGGUAGUUCUAGUUUUAUUCUGAAAAAGGGAGUAGGUAUCUCUAUUCUGGUUAUUCAAAUUUUGUUAGAGUGCUGCUACAACAGUUUGGAUACUUAUAUUUCUGAUUUCCGUAAUGGCUGCGAGAAUCCUUGCAAACAUAAUUAUUUUGGGUUCUGGAAUAAUGGCAAGGGCCUUUGCCCAGGCAUAUCGCCAAGCUCUCACAAAUGCAUCAAAAAAUGGUGUUGCUCAAGAAGCAGUACAAAACAUUAGAAGAGCAAGCAAAACUAUGACAGAGGUGGAGGCUAGGCAAGUCCUUGGGGUUGCAGAGCAUUCAUCAUGGGAAGACGUGUUGCAGAAAUAUGACAACUUGUUUGAGAGUAAUGCUAAAAAUGGAAGUUUUUAUCUACAAUCAAAAGUUCAUAGAGCGAAGGAAUGCUUAGAAUCUCUUUACCGAAGUAAAGCAGAGGGCCCAAAUUAGUUCUUUGAAGUUCCUGCAGCAUUGCAGCUAGAGACAUUCUGGGCUCUUGUAAGGAGUAUCUUCAGUAGAGGGUAAUUGCUUUCUACCAUCAGAUGGUCUCCUGCAAUGUUACAUACAUAUUCGAUCCUCAAUUUUGGCCCGUUGGAGAGAAGCACUUAAAUUAAUCAUUCGUGUAGUUUGCAUCACUCCGCCUUUUCUGUCAUUUUGCUUAGUAGCACGCUUCAUUAUUAUUUCAUGCUUUUGUAUGGUUACCACAUAACUUGAUGGAAGAGGGGCGUGAAAUUGAAAAAUUUGGAAUGCAAUAUCUUAGGUCUUACAAAAUGAAAUAAAUUGUGUGUAAUUUGGCUGUCAUGUAUGAUUUCUUCAGGCUGGGAUAUACUCCACAGGAAUAAACUUUUAGAACUUCAUAACU